AUGUAUCGUCAGAUAUCGAUUCACCCCGACGAUAGACACCUCCAACGCAUAGUUUGGCAACAAGAAACAGAUCCUGAUCCUCGUUCCUACGAACUUAGCACCGUAACAUACGGCACAGCAAGCGCUCCGUAUCUUGCAACUCGUUGCUUACAGCAACUUUCAUUUGACUACUCGAAACAUGAAAAUGAUUAUGCAUCCAGAAUAGCAACAGAUUUUUACGUAGAUGAUUUUCUCAGUGGCGUCGAUACAGUUCCAGAGGCCAUUCAGCUACGCCACGAAGUUCAACGAAUUCUCUGCUCAGCUGGAUUUCAACUUAGGAAAUGGGCAUCGAACUCAUCUGAACUGAUGUCCCAUAUUCCCGAUUAUUUGAAGGACAACAGAUCGAUUCUAGAAAUAGACAACGGUACCAGUAAUUCCAUUAGCACAUUGGGACUACUGUGGCAUCCCGAAUCAGAUACCUUUCACUUCAAGGUUCCGGAAGUGUUCAAUGAUCGCACAAUUACUAAGCGAGUUGUUGUGUCAGAAAUGGCAAAAUUGUUCGACCCGUUGGGUUUUCUCGGGCCAGUAAUUAUUACUGCCAAAAUGUUUGUACAACGUUUAUGGCAAGCAAAUGUUUCUUGGGACGAUAUAUUAUCUGCAGAUUUGGCCGAAUUCUGGAUUGGUUACAGGAGUAAUUUGGCAGCUCUCUCCUUCAUAGUGAUUCCCCGUUUAAUAAAGGCACAUAGAGCAGGUAAUCAACUUCAAAUACAUGGGUUUUGCGACGCCUCAAAGGAUGCUUACGGUGCCUGUAUAUACAUCCGGAGCAUCGGAGAAGAUGGUACAGUAAUAGUUCGUCUACUCACUGCAAAAUCACGUGUAGCUCCCAUAAAAUCAAUAUCUAUACCCCGACUGGAGCUUUGUUCUGCUGUAUUACUCAGCAAUCUAUAUCGUAAGGUAGCUGAGAGCCUAAGUAUUAUCACUAAACCACAAUUCUGGUCUGAUUCCAUGAUAACUCUUCAUUGGAUCGCUAAUUCUCCAUCGAAGUACCAGACCUUCGUAGCCAAUCGAAUCGCAGAAGUACAAAGGUUAACGGAAGGAAGCGUAUGGAAGCAUGUGGCUGGUAGUGAGAACCCCGCUGACCUAAUCUCUCGCGGUGCAACUCCCAGUGAACUAGCUAAUUCUGCAUUGUGGUGGAAAGGUCCGCCUUGGUUGUCGUACGAUUCAUCACUUUGGAAUAAUAACUCCACCCAGUUUGAUCCAACACAUGUAGCCUCCGAAGUCCUCGAAGAAAAAUCAAUUAUGAAGCUUGCGGCGGUUGCGCGUCAAAAUGAUACCCCAGAUGAACCUUCUUUCAUCGAACGCUUCUCGUCAUUUUCGAAACUUCUCCGAAUUGCCGCUUAUUGUCGACGUUUUAUACAGAGAUGCCGAUUGAAAAGACGUGGAAUUCCAGUCGAUAGUCCUUCAUACCUAACUGCCGAAGAACUUCGUAAUGCGUUACUCGGCUUGAUUACAGUAGUACAAAGUGAAACCUUCAAGCACGAGAUUACACUCGUCCGUAAAAACCAACUAAAUAAUUUAAAUAAAUCUCCAAUACGAUCGUUAAAUCCCUUCAUCCAAGAUGGAAUACUUCGGGUUGGUGGCCGGCUGAGCCACUCUACGUAUUGCUUUGAACGAAAACAUCCUGUAAUACUACCAGCAUCUCAUCAUUUCACUACACUUCUCAUCGAAUCAGUUCAUAGGAAACUCCUCCAUGCUGGACCUCGACUUAUGAUCGCUCACAUCCCUGAACGCUUCUGGCCACUCAACCUCCGUAACAUGGUACGGAAACACGUCCGCAACUGCAUCCGAUGCUUCAAGGUCCAUCCUCGCUCCGAAAGUCAGUUGAUGGGUCAAUUGACUACCGUCCGCAUUACUCCGGCCAGAGCAUUUUUAAACACCGGAGUUGACUUCUGCGGUCCUCUGCAACUGAAGGUCUCCGUGAGAAGCAAAUCAGCGUCGCCAAUCAAAGGCUAUGUAGCCGUUUUCGUGUGCAUGGCAACAAAGGCGGUUCAUUUGGAAUUAGCAAGUGAUCUCACAUCAGAAAGCUUCAUCGCUGCCUUGAAGCGUUUCGUCGCACGACGUGGGUUGCCUGUAAAUAUUUAUUGCGAUAAUGGUACCAAUUUUACAGGAGCCGAAAGGGAACUGCGAACGCUAUUGAAGCAAUUCAAACAGCAACAACAGUUAACAGCAUUCUGCGCAGAAACAACCAUUGACUUCCACUUCAUACCAGCACGAUCUCCAACAUUCGGCGGCUUAUGGGAAGCGGCAGUGAGGUCGCUGAAACAUCACCUGCGUAGAGUCGUCGUCCUCGAGAUCAUCACAGCUGAAGCCAUGCAGACAGUGCUCUGUCAGAUCGAAAGUUGCCUGAAUUCUCGUCCGUUGACAGCACUCUCCGAAGACCCUAAUGAUCUGGAAGCACUCACCCCGGGACAUUUUUUGGUUGGAUCGGCGCUCCAAUCAAUCCCGGAACCCGACCUUGCCGAAAUUCCCGCCAAUCGACUGUCGAUAUGGCAAGCCAUGCAGCGCAAGACUCAAGACUUUUGGAAGUUGUGGUCCAAGGAUUAUCUGCACCAGCUUCAACAACGCACAAAACAUUUCUUCAAGCGUCCCAACAUCCUGGUUGGAAUGCUGGUGCUGAUCAAGGAGGACAACCUGCCGCCGCUGAAGUGGAGUGUAGCUCGCAUCACCGCCGUACAUCCUAGUACCGACGGCCUGGUACGUGUUGUAACUGUCCGAGUGCCAUCCGGUGCAAUCUACGAUCGCCCUGUGGUUAAGGUCUGCAUCCUCCCGAUCGACGUGUCAUCCACGGGACCAUCCGGAAUAGAACCAAGAUCACCAGCAACAGCCGAGCAUCCUGAGACUCCUUGA